AUGGCGCCCAAGAAGAAGCCAACUCAGCAGCAGAAGGAAAAACAUGGCGCCAAGGGGGGCAAGGCGGGGCCUGCCGGCGGGAAGUCUGCCCCGAAGCUUACGAUAUCGGCGGAGAAUGAACGCCGGCUCCGCCGGUUGCUGAUGAACACAGAGCGGCCGGUGUCUACCGCCGCACCCGACGGCGGUGGGAGCAUUUCUCGGGAGCAGAAGGCUAGGAAGCUCCGGGCCAUCUACGAUAAGCUGUCCCAGGAAGGCUUUACCUCUGAACAGAUAGAACGGGCACUUUCUUCUCUGGUCGUUCGUUCCUCCUCCUUUUCCCCUUUUGAUCUAAAGUCUUUAUGGCUACAUAUUCUCUAUUUUGAUGUGAAGACAUUUAGGUUUUCUCCCACGGCCACAUUAUUUAUGUGAAAAUUUUGAUAUUUAAUUUCGUGGCCUAGAAUCGAGGUGUUGGCGAAUUGUAUCUUCUUUAAAUUCGUCCGCAUUUCAUUUUGAAUUUCCAAGAGACGAGCUCAAGUCUAUGUAUUUUAUGAAAGCCUCUCAUCCUUACGAUCUUAUGUCUACUAAAGCACUUAUUCUUUUGCGUAGGAGGAAACAACAUUUGAAUCGGCUCUCGACUGGCUUUGUUUUAAUUUACCAGGAAAUGAACUCCCAUUAAAGUUUUCUAGUAGUGGUUCAGUGUCGGCGGUUCACGAAGGUAUCACAAUGCCUUCCUGUGCCUCAAUUUUCAUUAUGUUUUGAUACUUCCUUAAUGCCUUAUUUUGUAAACAGGUGGAGAAAUUUCUAUCAAAGUUAUAUCAAGAGCUCAAGAAAACUGGGUUCCUAAUAAGUCGUCAAAUGAAGACAAGGAAGAGAUGCCUGAAGUGCCUAUUAGAGUGAAAGGACAGCGGGAGGAGCCAUCAAUAGAUCUUGGGGAACCAUCACAGGCAGACUGGAUAAGGCAAUACGUAACACAACUAGAGGAAGAUGAAGAACGUGAACAGAUGGAAAAGGAAGAACAAGCGGAAGAGGUACCUUUGUCAAUAUAUUUUUCUUGACAUUAAUCGACUCGAGUGAAUUAUGUUUUGAACCUGGCUUCUUAAUUUUCCAGCUUCAAAUGGUCAAAAAUAAAAAAAACUGGAAUUAUGCUUUAUGUUUGAUUGGCAACUGUACUUGAAUUCUUGUUAUGCUAUGCAGUGGCAUUGUGCGAUAAAAAAAUGGCUAUUUUCCUUCAUAAGGAACUUUAAUCACCCAGAUAUAACAAAAUAUGCCCUGUAGCUAUUUGCUUUAAUUUUUAAUUUAAAAAACCAAACACUGUUUGUUAGAGUGUCGCUCGCACAUCAGAGUCACAUUUUCCCCUUAUAACCUAUUCUAUAUGAAACUACUUACUAGAUCAGCUAGGAUAGAAUGUAAUCAUGGUGUAAUAUGGUUCUUCAGGUUUAGGGGAGUUGUUGAAUUUUGUAAAUGAUUGAGACGCAGUGAUAUAUACCUAGAAUAAAUCAUUUCUUCAUUUCAAGUUACCCAUCGAACGGAUUAUUGUUAUGGAAAAUCUUGAAUCUCAAGACAAGGUUGUUUCAACUUAAGCCCAAAAAACCAUAUUUGGAACAUUCCAAACAAUGACGAGGCUGAGGUUAGGUAAUCUGCUGUCAACGAGAUUCAAAAACGAUGUUCAAAUGUGGUUUUGAUUUCGCAUAAGUUGAGGUGCUGUUAUUAUCUUACCACAUCUGUAGCUCUACCGUCUGCAGAAGAAAAUGAGGUAUCAUAUCUAUUUUUCUUCAUGAGUUGUAUGGAUGUUCACCUAGGCAUGAAAUAGAUUAAUUACCUUCGAAUGGGUUCCUAAUUUAUAUCAUCAUGAUAGAAACCUGGUUUAUCCAAUAUUUCCUUACGAAAGGACGAGUAGAUUGAUAUCUCUCCAAGUUUUCGGUGGUUCCUCUCCUCCAGUAUUGCUUUUACAUACAUUUAUUUCUUGCAAUUUAUUUUGCCUAGCUCCGUGUCUGGGAAGAAGAUGUAAAAUUAGUCUGGAAACUAAGCUCGCUACAGUUUCAUCGUGCUCCUAAAUUUGUCAAUUCAUCUUUAAUUAUAAAAUUAUUAAUGAGAUUAUGUAGCAACAAUUACUAGUGAAAAUUUGUGUGUACAUUAGCAAUGUCGUGGUUGUUCUGUGGAUUGUUUGGAAAUUAUUUUAUUUUCAGCAAUAACUGUACUAUUUAAUAUUCUCAUAAAGUAAUCUACUCCUCAACUUAUGUGGUCUGGUCCCUUUUUUAACCGUUUUUUCUUUUGUUCUGUCUUAUCUUCUGCAUUUCUAUUCUCGUAUUUUUGUCCCCCUAUUUAGAAUAGUAAAUUUUCUUUGUAUUUAUUGCUUGGUUGAAAUUUGAAUUGCAUAUUUUUCGUUAUGAAAUAUAUUUUCGUGUACUACACAUUUUGCAAUAUAUGAUUUGUACUUGCCAGUGAAAAAUAUUUGCAUAACUUGAGGCUCGGUCAAGCCUGGCUUAAGUUUUCAGGCAAUAGAUGAAGCCAUGAUCUUUAGAUAACAUUGGAAACAUUGUUUGGGGUGGAUCCAUACUUAGCUCAAUUGUCUCGUUCCCCAUCCAACUACCUGGCUAUUCAACUAGGUUGUGAUUUAAGAGGGGUGGUGUUGGAAAUAUUUACUGGGUUGUGAUUACAGAGGGCAGGUCUAAGGCAUGGGACAUGUGUGUGUACGUGUGCGUUGGGUUUUUUUUCUUUGGGGAGGGGGGGGGGAUGUUGAAGUUGUUGAGUGCAGCCCAGUAGGGUGAGAGGUAAAUCCGCUAGGGAAAUGGGAAGGGUAGAAAUACGGGAGGAGAGUGCAGCUUGUUGGGGAGGCUCCCAGGGAUGGGGAUGUCAUAGGUCUGGAUUUUGUUUCUUCUGUUGCAGACUCUAUCCAACUCUGGAUGUGGCCCAUUUGCAAAAACUUGUCCUGACCUGAAGAUUUACCUGGACCUGAUCUUAAAUCCUACACCUUGUAGAAAGCUGGGCUGGGAUUAGGACAUACCUGGCAUAUAUAAUCAUUUAGGAAGAAAUUGUCCUUCAAAAUUAAGUUUUAUAUAUGGCUUUAUUUGAAAUUAAACUUUGUCCAGUGGCUCGAUCAAGUAUUGCAAAGUAAACUGGUAUCAGGUUCUGUUGAGAAUCUGUUACUUAACUUGUUCUAAUGUCUGUACAUGUUUACUGCCUAGAAAGUCCUAUUUGCCUUCUCUUUUUCGGAUAUGUUUAUUCUCAUUGUUCCCAAUAGAACUUUGAAAUCUAUAUUUGUGUUCCUUUUUCUUCUUAGUAAAACAUAUGAUCCUUUUUGUUGAAAUUCGAACUUGCAGUAGUUUCUAGUGCUGAUUUUGAUGUUAAUGGAUCUUACUAGGAGUGUAAUGUUAAGCUCCAUGAAUCUUCUAUCAUUAAAGAGUACCACCUCGCAAAAUUGGCAGCACUUGAAGCCAAAAGGAAGGGGGACAAGAAAAGUCAAGGGUAUUACAAUGGAAUUAUCCGCAAUCUCAAGCAAAAGAUAAUUUCAUUAGGUCUGCUGCUACUUCUGCUUUGUUUCCCGAGCUACAAUUUUUAGAUUUUACAACAUUGACUGGCCAAGAUUUGUUCAAACAGGGUUACUAGAUGAGAUAAAGGCAGGAUAUGAAGAUUUAGUUGACUCAACUUCUAUUUCUAAGGUUGACAGACAAGAUUUUGGAGCUUGUACAUCCUUUGAAUCUGAGACACUGUGCGAUUCAAACAGUUUGCUGCCACCACAGUCUACAUUCGAGUGCGAAACAGAGACAUAUGAAAAUGUAGAGGAACAUUUCAGCUAUGUAGAGACAGAAUGUGCUGUUGAUUCAUUAGGCAUCUCUGCUACAGCGGAAGUUGGAGAUAAACAUGACGAGUCAGAUGCUCCAGAACUAGGUAGCUUAUUUUCUGAAGAUACCUCUGCAGUCUUGUCUUCAGAAGAUUUGAAGCUGCAAAAUAAAGGGAGAUCUUUGCAAUUUGCUCAUGGCCAAACCUUAGGAGGAAUUAAUGCAUUCUGGAAAAAGGUUAUUACUCGCAUAAUCUGUUUUCUCGCUUUUGUUACUUAUAUAUUAUGAUUUCCCUUUAAAUUUCUUACCGUAGUUAUGGUAAGUCUGGAUGACAGGGUGACUCUGCAAAAUCUCCAAAGGCUAUCCUUCAAAAGAUAUGCCAACAUUUAGGUUGGGAAGCACCAAAGUAUACUAAACUCUCAGAGAAGGAAAGCAAAUACCUCUAUUCUGUCAAUAUAUUACGUGCUGCUACAGGUAGGGGUAAGAGUCGGAAUGCUGGGGGCUUGAUUACUCUCCAUCUACCUAAUCAAGAUUUUGGUUCUGUUGAGGUAUUGUUUUUUGUCGUGUGAAAUUUUCUGGAAUUUCACAUAAUGCUCUCUUCAUUAUUUGAGUUUUUACUAUGACUGGAUAAUCAUUGAUCUCUAGACAUCCAGGACCUUGUUCUUCAACUCUUCUAUUGCUCCUUGAGCUGAUGUGUAACUGGCUUUCGGAUCAGUUUAUUAUUUCGAUAUAAGUCUAAAUGUUUAUAUCGAUGUUUUUAGGGUGUAUGGUAACCAAGGCAGUAAUAUUUUUUAACGUAUAUUAAACCUACAUUUAAUGUUUGAGAAUAAGAGAAAAAAUAUGUUUAGACGAUGCAAAAAAUAGAAAAAGCAGUCAUUCACAUUAUUUUGAUAAAUAUCAUAUAGAAACAUCUAUAGCAUAAUAAAAAUGAUUUUAAAUAAUCUUUUAUUCAUAUUUCAAAAGUAAAAAGACACGAAUUAUGUGAUUCUACAUAAUAUAUAUUAAAAAACUAUGUAAAUUUUUGCAAGUCUCUGGAGGCACGACUGAAUGCAUCAUGAGUGGCCAUGUGCCAAUAUGCAUGCAGUACAAGUAACAUUGCAACUCAUGUUUGCAUGCUCGUUUGAGCCAGUGGCGUCAAAUGCAUCAUGCAAAUUUGAAUGCAAAUGAAGGUAGUAUUCGUCUUCGCAGGUUGAACACCUUGAUGUCUUGGCCACCCUGAUCCCUAGGUGAUGCUCUUGAAAAUACUGAUUCUAAGUAAUAAAAACAUAACAUUUUUAGUGUUUCAUAUAAUUGUCACCAAAUCACAAAGAUUUCUUGAAUCCAUGUACAGAGCACUGUGUCAUGUAGCAUUAUCGAUGUGUUAACACUUUCAUGCACAAUUCAAAGUAGUCUAUAGGUCAUAUUCAAUUCUUCUGAUCUCUGACAUGUUGUCUGUUUUGUAGCAUGCACAGAAUAGUGUAGCUGCCUUUGCUCUUUAUCAACUAUUUCCUGAUCUGCCAGUCCAUGAGUUACUUAUAGAGCCAUACUUCUCAACCGUGAGGAAAUGGCAAGAAGGUAAUUUUUUGAGUCAGUCAUUUACGAUGGCUACUCGGUAGGCCAUUUUCUGUUUUAAUCAUUCUAUUUUAACCUGAUGCUUUUUCAUAUAAACUUAUCGUUUUCUUAGUCAUUCAUGUUUAACAUCAACAGAUGGACAUAUGUCUGAACCUGUUCUCAGUGAGGAAGAUCGGAGAACUGGUUUUGUUGAGAAUUUACUGAAUGUUGACACAUCAGGGGCAAUGCAUUCUGGUGAUGUAGCAGAUAUUUCUCUUCAUGAACUACCUAGAGAGUCACGCAGUCCAGGAAAACCACAUGAAGGUCUUUUUCAUAAUUGAUUUCAAAGUGUUUUCGUUUUAUAGAAGUGUAUUAUCUUUGUUCUGGAUGAAGAAUAUAAUGAUCAAUUGUUCAUUUUAUUGGAAAAUUGAAACUCUAAUCGUCGGCAUAUGCAUGAUUUCCAUUGGAACUGUUAACUGGCAGAUUGUGCUUAUGACUGAAAAACAUGGCGAGAACAUUAUUUUCUUAUACAGUUCUGAAUCCGUUUUUGUUUCACUCCAUUUUUUAAUAAGAUUUUACGUUUGCAGCCAUUAUCUGCUAUCUCUGAGUUUUUCUCAUAGCUCUUUAUUCACGGGGAAACAUAACUUUCACAUUACGUUGCAUUUGUUCAUCAAUAUUUCUUGGUUAUUCUACUUUGUGUAAUCCCCUUCCCCUCCCCCUCCCCCUCCCGUGUUUUAUGUUUCGUAUGUAUUGUAGGCGUUUUCUCUUAUCCUUAAGUUUUCUUUCCAUUUUUUAUUUUUUUUUUCCCAUUUUUGGCACAGGAAUGAGUUAUAACAAAGAUGCAGAAAGCAACAUUUUGAAAAGGGAACUAGAGAGUAAACUGAAGAUGGCCCAGUACAAGGUCUAUUUUUUAUUUCUUUUUGAACUUUCAAUUAGCUAUGGUUUCCCAGAUAUGUACUUCUAGUCGUUUUUCAUUUUAAUGUUACAAUAUGGGCGACUUUUAGAAGGAGAAGAGAGGAAGCAUAUUCUUAACUCCCAAGGCAAAUAAUUUUUUCCUAAUGGGGUCCUUAUGGCUGACUAUGCAAUCUGCUUCAUCUUGGAGGCAUAUUCUUGACUCCUGAGGCAGAUAACUCUUUCCUAGUGGUCUACUUAAAAUUGACUUAGCACCUAAGACGUUUUUCAAAUGCACCUCACCUGGGAUUAGGUUUGGGUAAAUUGACAUCGGCCCUUUGCCAAAUAUCCGAACAGAUCCACUUCUAGUCCAAGUUAUCCAAAGAAGGUGCUGUUAUGCACCAGGGAAUCAAGCAUAUUUUUUCCACCCUUAGCUCAACAAGAUUACAUGCUUCCCACCUUUGGUUACCUAAUCUUUUUCAAUAUUUAAUCUGAGAGUCUAGAUCCAACAUUUCUUCAGUUCCGUGCUACUGCCUCUCAGAGAUGACUGUUCUCAAAUACCCAUUCUAUCUUCAAGCUUCAAGUUUCAUGGCCGUUUACAAUUUAUUUGAAGCCAAUGUCCCCAUGGGGAGUUGCCAUUUUUUUUCUCUUUUCCGUCAAGCAUUACAGAACGCUUCAGAUCUAUUUUAUAUAACUGGAUCUGUAAGUGCUCAACUCGGCUAUGCUAUCCCCAUUGUAUGAAAAUCAGAACCUUUCGAGAUCCGAACUCCAUUUAAUCUUUAAAUUGGUAAUAUCAACGGUGAUUAUCUAGGGGAUAGAGCGCUUUCUCCUCAUAGACCUCAUCCCUUUGAUUCCCUUUUUGCCUUUCUACCAUCCUUUUCUACACUAUCCUUAAUACUUUGCUUGUUCACUUGUACUAACUGCAAAGAAGUAGAAUAAUAUGAAUGCAUGUGAGUAUUUUUGUGUCAUGAUUUUUCUUUUAUGUUUCUUGUAAAUUCUGCCCUCCAGGCGACAUUUUGUAUUGCUAUAGUCGUUGCUUCUCUUUUCAUAGGAAAUGCUGCAGGGCAGAGCUUCGCUUCCAAUUGCGGAGUUGAAAGACCGUAUAUUGCACCUGCUCAAAGAGAACGAUGCACUUGUUGUUUGCGGUGAAACAGGUUGCGGGAAAACAACGCAGGUAUCCUUCAUAACCUACAAAAAUAGAUCUCAAAUGUGAUCCACUUGCAUUUAAUGGAUUUAAGGAGCAAAGGUGACACAUAUAUUCCCUUAUAUCAGCUGUAGUAGUUUUCCACCAUUAUUUAAUGAUUUAUGCUCACCGAGUUUAUUUUUUAAUUACUUCAUUGUUCAAAUUGUUUGAGAUAAAGGGUUUCCUUGUUUCUUAGUCCUUGUCUAACCAUAUAUAUUAUAGGUUCCCCAAUUUAUCUUGGACGACAUGAUUGAAUCUGGGCAGGGGGGAUAUUGUAACAUUAUCUGUACACAACCAAGGAGAAUAGCGGUAAGAAAUCCUAUUGGCUUUUGCCAGGCUGUAUACUUUUGCUCUGCUGCAGUAUGCAUGCCUUUUUGUUGGCCUUGUCUCUUUUAUUUGUUCUUUGAUUUUUUUUUCAUGGUAAUAACAGAAUUAUAAUCAUGAUCACUUACAUCAAUAUCUUGUCCAGUAAUUUCUGAAAACUCCACCUCUCCAAAAAUUACCUAUGUUCUACCAAAAUAUGACGUCAGUAUGUUGAGAAAACUGAUGCAUCCCUCCAGGAUUACUGAUAGGAUUUUGAAGUUUUUCAGGAAACUUUAUGAAACCACUUGUUUUGACUUGGAUAUCAUAAUUUGUAUGUUAUGUUGCAUCCCUAAUCAUGCCUUAAUUUUCUUCCUUUUUCUUAUCCUAUAGAUACCUAAGAAGAUACAUUUAUAUUUGUGUAGCUGCUCUAUAUCACAAUUCUCUUAUGUUUGCCUUUUUACCAAUCUAAAAUAUAUGCUAAAUUUUCUUCUUUUUUUUUUGGCUGAACAAAUAUUAUGAAAUGAUAGGGUUUCUUUUGAGUUUUAUACAUGACUUGUGUGUCGGAGAAGAAAACUUACUGUUGUCUUUAUAUAUAUAUAUAUAUCCUUAUGAAAAUCUAUUCAAUAUAGAGAGGGAUUUGGAAACGUAAUUAUAGUAGAGAGUUUGUUUGAAGUUACUUGAAAGGUCUUGCUUUGUAAAUAUCUUGUUUCAUUACAUUAGUGAUUUCAUCUUUAAAAGAAAAGGCCUUGAUUUAUGAAACAUAACACUUUUGCACCAAACAAUUUGGGUAUGACGUGUACAUUAGUAAUGAGAAGCCCUUUCAUAAAAAAAAACAUAACUAAUAUUUCUGUUUAUCUUUAUUUUGAGACCAUUGUCAUAUAUUUGACCCUUAUUUUUAGUUUCUUUCUUCCCUUUCUGCAGGCAAUUUCUGUUGCUGAAAGGGUGUCAGAUGAGCGCUGUGAGCCUUCACCAGGUUGUGGUAGCUCCUUAGUUGGCUUCCAAGUUCGCCUUGACAGUGCUAGGUGAGUCAAUACUGAAUGGGACCAUGUCCUACUUAGAAUGCUAGCGUGUUAAAAAUUUUAAUGCUUAGUCACAGACAUCAAAUAGCAAAUUUUCUUUAUAACGGUUUUGUUUUCUCAAAAUAUCAUGAUAUACAUGAUGUUGAUUGUGACUUCGCAAUUUUUUUAAUUUUUCUCUGUCCUUGAGGAGAGGUUGAAGUUCAUCUAACAACAAACCAUAGGGCCACAGGAGAAGAGGUUGACUAAAAUGAGAUGGGUGGAGGAUAGAGUUGGCAAACCAAAGCACCAGAGGUAGUGAACUUAGCAAUAAAAGAGGGCAAACUGAGCACUAAAGAAGAAGGAUCACAUAUCAACUCCGUGAUAAAAAUUUGGCAAAAUGUGUAUGAGAUACUAACCCGCUCUUUGAAAACUUAAAAGUCCUAGAAUGACUUGUUUCCUAAGAAAUAAAUAAUUUUAUUCUGAGGAUAAUCCCAUAAUUUUACAAACAUUAUUUAAAAAACACGUUGACUAUGGAGACACGUCCAGCAGACAAAUCUGAGGAAUUAACUUGUGCUACGAUUAUGGUGUUUAUUUGCAUCGCUAUCACAUUGGCUCCCUUUUCUUGAAAGUUUAUAGCUCCACGUAAUCAUUAACUAUAAAGAUGUACAUUGUAUGCUGGUAAGAUGUAUAUCAAAUGUAUAACUUAUGACUGCUGGUAAGAUGUACAUUGUAUGCUGAAACAAGACUUUAGGACUUGGCAGCUUAUCGUCCACAUUGGUCUUUUGGUUUGUUUGAAGCGAGAAAAUGAAUCAGUUUUGUAAGAAGCAAAGUUUUUAGAUGAUGCGGUUUGAGGGUAUAUGGUCAAAGAGUGGGUGAGGGUUUUUUGUGGCAAUGACGUGAAUAUGCUAUUUAGAGAAUUUUGGGAUUUAGUCUCGUCUACUUCGUCUUGGUGUAGCCCAUAGCUGAAAAAAACCGUUUUCGAGAGCUCAAAGUACAUUCUUUUGGUAUUUGUUAAUUGAGUACCUGUUAUCUCCCUUUAUUCUAAUUACCCAGUUAACUAAUUCAAAUCGAAAUAUAAUUUUUAUGUUUUUUUGGAUUGGGGGGAGGGGGUUACUGUCAUCAAUUAGGCCUGUUGAGAGUCCAACCUGAUUGGCAUUCAUGAGUCUGUAAACUGAGUCUUGGAUUCGUGAGGAAAUGAGUCAUCAGGAGUAUUUCUGUAUGAAAAAGACAUUGAAGGACGUUGGUAUGAUUGCUAUUUUCUCUUGUUCAUUCAUAAGGUACGUCUGGGCAUUGCAUGUAAUGAUGCUCAUUUGUAUGACUCAUGGAAACGACCCAUAUGUGUGACAUUGAAUGUGUCUAGUGCUACAAUUUUAACUUGAGUAUACAUGAGACAACAAAAAUAACCCGUAUUCAAUUAUAAAUGCUAAAAUUUGUCAGCAUGCAGUUUCAUGUUAAUGUUUCAAAAUGUUUCCUGACGUGAUUGCUAGGCCCAGUUUAUAUAAUUAUUGGUCCUGUAGUGAAUGGUACCACGUGAUCAUUACUUUAGAGAAAGAAAAAAAGAGAUUUAAAUUUGGGAUUCUUCAAAUGGAAGAUUUGUUCCUUCUCAUAUUAUAAGGGAUUCUUGUCCACUCUUGUCCGUUGACAAAAUAGUUUUUAAAAAAUAUCCAUUGGGCAGCUUACACACCUAAAGGCGUGUGCGUUCAUAAUUAUGAUUAUUGGUGUGCAUUGAUCUUAUUUAAGUGUCAUUGUUAAAGCUCUUUUAAGGGGAAUGCAUUUCCGUAAGAUAUUUUUAAAGCUAGACUUUUAGGAGUCAAAGCUAAGGCUGCUGGUCAAAAUAAAAUCAUAACUGAGUUGGUGCGGUGUUUUUUUUCACCCUUCAACUCUUGGUAUAGUAUUCAAUCGGGCAGUACUUUUCUUAUCAAGGGGCUGUUUAAUAACAAAACUGUGUUUUUUUUACCUGAGCAUGAUAAAAAUAUCGUUUAAAAAUUACAAUAUUUCAUAUUCACGGUAAUGUCUCACUGGGCUUGUUGACUAUAGGACCCUUCUGUUUGUUCUCAGGUAUUUAGUGAUGCAGUGAUUUUUCAUUCAAAGAUUAUUAUUCAUUGAUAUUUUUCGCGUAUUAGCUCAUUUUUAGCUGAUCUAUUAUUGAAAGCAGACUAUGAUGUCUAAUAUAUCUUUGAUUUUUGGAACACCUAUUUCAGGAAUGAGAGAACAAAGCUUCUCUUUUGCACAACUGGAAUUCUUCUUCGCAAACUUUCUGUGAGUUGUGGUUUUUUUUUCACGUUCGACAUAACUUAUGGGAUUGGCUCUUCACAGACUUAUUUUUUUGUUUGCAUGUUUUUCUGUCAAAAAGGUUGUUGUAGGUUUCAUAUUACCUGUUCUAAUUCUACUUGUAAUUUUGAAGUGGUUCUUUUGGAAAAUUAUAUUGGAAAAAAAAUAUAUAGUAUGCAUCAUUUUAUAUCGCAUGUGUCAUACCGCCAGGUCCAUGAAUUCAUUUUGACGAAAUGGAAUCAUAUUGUAGAAUACAGUAUAAUUUCAAAUGAUUAAAAGAUAUUUCGUUGAGUGUUAGAGUGCAUGUCAUCAGGCUGAGCUGACCCAGGGCACCACCUAUUCUAGCCCAAUUUUAACUGACAAUGUCUGGAAACGGGAUUGGUUAACCCUUCAAAGAUAUGGAUUUGGUUUGGGCUUAGCCUUCAAAAAUGGUGUUUUUGUUUUUGCAAUAUCUAGGGAAACGAUUUUGGCUUGCUUUUUGAAGAUUACAAGUGAACUUAUAAGUUCCGAAGCAUUUGACUAUCAAAAUUGCUCAAGACCCUUCAAUGUGAGUAAAGCCUAUGAAACAAAAGUUAUUUUCAGAUUCCAGGCUAUCUUUCCUACAUCAGAUUGGAUUUGUCAAAUUGCCCAAUUAAUGUUAAAAAAAUGAAAAAUAUAUGAGGAAUGAACAAAUACAUACUGCUUUAAUGAAAGGGAUAUGAAAUUCAUAAAUUUUAUUAGUACAGGUGCAAAUAAAUCCAUCUACCUUUCACAUGUGGAUCUGGCAUCUCUACUGAAGAUGCCAUUUUCAAUACAAAUUUAUGAUUCUGAUGUAAGACUUGCUUCCUAGAAGUUCUUAUUGGAAGGGAUGAGUUGUAUGGGAUCCUUUCCUACCGAAAAAUUAUCAUCAGCCUCUUGUGAAUUGUGACAUCUAUUUGUUAAGAGAUGACAUCUUGUUGCCAACUGAUAUUUGAGAUUUAAUAAAUUGUUAUUUUACAUGUAAAAUGAUAUUGGUUAGGAGUAAUGGUUUCAGGCUGUAGAUGUGAUCACAGUAUUGCUUUGCAUUCUAUCAUCAAAUCACAUCUUUCUACUACCUCCUAUUUGCUUAUUCGUGAAACUGUAAUAUUUAGUUGCACUUGUUUCUACUUUCUGGACAGUCAAGUUCUCAUUCGAUGAAAAUUUUAAAGAUAUUUUGCACUGUGUCAAAAUUAAUUUUGUCAUUAUUUGCGGUAAUUUUCUGUCAUAUUUCUUAUAGGGUGACAAGGAUUUGGCUGGCGUUACCCAUGUGAUUCUUGAUGAAGUACAUGAACGGUCACUUUUAGUAAGUUUAUCAUUUUCUUGCAAUUUAGUUUUACUGCUAUCAUGAAUUCUUUCAAUUCUUUUACCAUUAAUUCUGCUGUCAAAGAUUAUUCUGUUUGACAAAUUUUGUAUGGAUAUUCUGCACUAGUUGUGUAGUUGGCCCUUGGUAAUAUCUUGCUGUUGUGACACACACCACAGUUUCGCCUGCAAAGGCCCUUUCCUGCAGACCAUGUCUGCAUUACAAUGCCCUCAUAGAGAAUAUUUUUUUUCCUUUUCCGCUAUUUCUGUUUGGAUCAUUUCUGUAGAAUUUGUUGUUGACAGAACCUGUUUAACUUGAAUGUUUGAGUUAGUGGGUGUAUAUAAGACUGUGCAAGUCAUUCAGGACCCUAUUUUAUUUACUUUGACUCAUAUACCCUGGUACCCAUAUCCAUACAACACAUGGAUGGUACUGUAGUCCGUUGUAUCUGUACAGAAAGGAGGAAGAGGAAGCAGAGAAACCUUAUUCCUAUGUGUGCAUGAAGGAGAGAGGAUCUUUUCUCAUCCCUGCAGAAAGGCGAGUUAAAAAUAUUUGAUAAGAGUCAAUUUGGUGUAAUAGACAUGAAUAAUCAUGAAUAUAAGUGGGAACAUCGGCAAAUUAUUGGGUUUGACAACAAUAAUAACUUAGUCUAAUAAUUCAACUCACUAGGAUCCUUCAAGAAAAUAUGUUCUGAAGAUAGUACCCAUCAAAGUUGUGUAUGCUUCAGCUCGCCUUCUUGGUCGAUUAAGUUGAGUGGGCCCCUUCCCCAGAAUGUGAAAUCAAAUAUUAGCCAUUUUCUACAACCCUCUAUCUAUGAGAGCCCUAGUACAUAAUGUUGUGUAUGCUUACAACCCUAGUACAUAAUGUUGGUCUUCAAGUGCCAGCAUGAUAUCAAGGAGGGGUUGAGUUGAUGCUAUUUUCAGUUUUCAAUUCUUCUCUUUUCACAAAAUUAUUUUCUUAGGAAUCAUCAUAUACACAUUUACAUGAUAAUUCUAUAGUGGUUUGGUCCUCUCAACUUACACUCACUAUCCAAGGACUCCGUCCUCGGAAUUCCAGGCUCGGUGACCUGUUGGAUUUCACAGCUCUGGCCAUUCUAUGGCUUUAGAUGGCCAAAACCAGAGAAACUCCCCACUUCGCUCUUCUAGAUUCCACAACUUUAGGAGGUCAAAUCAGAGAAACUCCCCACUUCUCUCUUCUUAGAUCUCAGGUUCUAGGGAAACCUUAUCCCCCAUAAUUUAAUAUAAAUAAAAUGAGAGGAGAUUACCCAAUGAUGAAUAUUUUCUUUGCAUGGUUGAUCAUGAUUGUUGCAGCGUGGUGGAUCGAAACCUUUCUUCUUUUCACGUUCUUCUUCUUGUCGUUCUUCUCUUCUUUUUCUCUUCAGACUUGAUCCGAUGAAGGUGAUGUGAUAGGAUGGAACGGCAUGGUGGAAUAGUUCGUCCUCCUCUUUCUCUUCCUCUUCCUUUCUCCUUCUCUUGUCUUUGUUUUCUUUCUCUCGACCAAGAGUCAGUGGAGUAAAUCAAGGCGUUCUUCUUUCUUUUCUCUUUUUCUUCUCUUGCUUCUUCUAUUCGUCGUGAUUUAUGUGCUGGUUUUCUUGCUCAGCUCUCGUCCUGUUUCUGGCACAAAUCCAAGAGCUUUUUGUCGUCAUUCUCCUCCUGUCUUAGUCGAAGAACCAAGAGAUACUUCGUCAAAACUCUUCCUAUUUUUGGUGAAGAUUGAGAGCUUCUUUGACGUUGAAACUCAUGUUUUUCAGUGAAGACCAAAGACCGUUAAAAAAAAACUCUCGUUUUUCCAGUGAAGAUCCAGGUGAUUUUCCAUUGCCAAGCUCCUCAUUUGCCCGCGAAGAUCCAGAUGAUUUUCAGGCAUUGAAUCUCUCCUUUCUCCUUAGAUUUCACAAGCUGCAGAGGGCCAAAAAACCUUGCUAAUUGGCUGUCAAAAUCCUUCGAUUUCCGUUGAGAGUUGCGCUUUGUUUUUCUGCAUUCAUUCUUCCUUUUCUGUCGUGAGAUUCCAUUCAUUUAUCGUCGCAAUCUUCCAUUUUUUUCCUCAAUUAUUCGGUUUUUUUCCAUUGUGAUUUCUUGUUCAUUUUCCAUCGCGCUCUUCCCUCUGUUUUUCCUCCUUCGUCUGUUGUUUUCUAUCGCGAUUUUUUCUUUAGAUCAUUUUCCUCAUUUGUCUUGCGUUUUCUAUCCCUAUUUUCCUUUAAUUUUUUCCACGAGAUUUUCCCAUUUGUUUUGUCUUCAUUCUUCCAUUAUUUUUUGCCUCGUUCAUCCAUGAUUUUCCAUUCCGUUCAUCCGUAACAGGAGAGAGAAAAGAGAUAAAUUAUCACGAUAAUCCGUAAUAAAAUACGGAGGAUAAUUUGACGAAAUUACGAUAUAAAUAUUCCGGAUCCUUAAUGGGCCAAUAAACGGAUCAAAUAUUAAACGGGGAUCCUGUUUAAAGGGAUCCGGUUACUCUGUAUUAAAGGGAUCCAAAAAUCGGAUCCAUUAUUCUAAAUAAUGGAUCGCACUAUUAUUUAAUGCGUAAUGUUAUAAAUCAAGAUAAAAUACAUAAGUAUUACCCUAUGGGAAAUAUUCAUUUAUAGAAACCUAGACUCAGAGUAAAUUCUAUAUUCCUUUCGUCACAUUAAGAGAAACCUGCCGAUCUAUUCACCUAUGGGAAAGUCGGAGAUCAACUGAGUUCCGCACUGAACUAGCUCAGAAUAUCUGUACUUUUGUAUAGCUAAAGGGGCAAUGCUAAAAUAAUACAUUUUAUUUCAUUGGUUGAGAUAUCAGAUACAUGAACUUGAUGGCAUAAACUGGACUUUCGACUUUGAAUAAACCCAUAUCUAUGCAACUUAUGGAUGGUCCUGCGGUCCUGUGAACCAGAUUCACUCCGAAGUUUAGUGUUUCCUUAGUUCUUUGCUCUUCUUCUUAUCCUUCCCCUACUUUUUUCACUUACAAUUGUACAUGAUAUUAGAGUGAGCGCAUGGGGCCUCUCUCUCUCUUCUCUGGAUUGUGCAUUCUCCUUUUCAGCCAUCAGCCUUUGACAUAUCCCAGUUCAAUUUUUUUCUUUUUCAGGGGGACUUUUUACUAAUUGUUCUGAAAAACCUGAUUGAGAGGCAAGCUGCCAGUGGGAGACCCAAGUUGAAAGUUGUUCUAAUGUAUGAUUCUUGUCAUGAUGCCUCAGCUUCUUGGAUACUUUUUGAUGCCAUUUUUUUUUUCUGAUUUGUGCCUUUUUGUUCUUCUAAUAUCUCAUUUUUGCGACAGGUCUGCAACAGUUGAUUCAAGCUUAUUCUCAAGGUACUUUGGAAAUUGCCCAGUGAUCACGGCAGAAGGAAGAACAUACCCCGUCACGACACUCUUUCUUGAAGAUAUCUAUGAGAAGCUCAAAUACUCCCUCCCUUCAGAUUCUUCCUCCUCGGGAAGACAUUAUAAAUCUACAAAAGCAAAGGUUAAAUUUACGUUUCAGCAAUUACAAGACUAGUUCUGUUUGAUCUUCAUCCUUAAUUUCAGAUAAUUCUUUUCUACAUCUUUGGAUGCACAUACUGCUAGAUAUAUAUAUAUAUAUAUAUAUAUAUAUAUCAACGCUAAAAUACAUUAUAUCUGGUGAUAUGUAAAACGUUUUCAAUUCUUAUGCACAAUUGAAAUGUAGAAAGGCAAAUCUGUUCCCCUGAUAUUGGAAAAAAGUUUGAUGAAUUUAAAAUCCGCCAAUAUCACUUGGAUUGCCUGAUUUCGGUGUGAUUGGGCCUUCCAACCAUGGUGGGGCAAGAAGGCAGGUGAAGGAAUAGCUGCCCAUGCUGGCAGCGGGUAGAGAAAGAAGAAGAUUAAAGAAAUAGAAGGAAAAGAAACAGCCUUUCUGCCGCUAAUGACUUUGAUGUGGAGGAUAGGUCAUCAGGGUUGGGGAAAAGGGAUUCAACACGUGGGUUUUUCGAAAAAGUCAAAAUAUAAACCUUUGUCUUUGUUUCCCUUUUUUAUUUAUAGUAUUUACCCUUUUAUUUUGGUUUUACCUGAAUAAAUCAUUUUUCCCUGGACCUAAUCAAUUUCGCGGUCAUCCAAUUUUGGAAGCCGUGCUUUUGGAGGCUUAGCUGAUUUUAGGAUGUUGUGAGUUACGUUAAUAGAAUACUUUUUUUUUGGAGUGUAUGAUAGUAAUGUGGUGGUUUUUCUUUUGAAGCCCUUCGAUUUUCUAAAAGAAUUGGCCACUAUUUAAUUAGGAUGCAACAAUGAUUUGAGUCAAUACUUUAUCUUUUCUUUAUGAUUUUAUUUAUCGAGCUACAGCAGCUAUACGCCUGCAUCAGUGGCAGCAUAGAGCUCAGUAAUUGUGUAGAGUGUGUGAUUUCCAUUAUUUUUUGACUAUCUUGCCAUUAAUACUGGAAUUUUUGUCUUCCCAGACUAUAAUGCUUAUUUCUCGAUUUCUUUGCAAUCUAUUGAAACUAUAAUUGAAAUUUUGAAUUGAUUUUCCAUGUCGAGGCUAACAUCUAGUACUGUAUUCUCAUUUGAUACAAAGGCUAUUUUUUAUUGAUUGCGCAAGAGCUGAAUGAUUGGGCAAGGCGAGAGUGUUUUAUAAUGAACAAGUGGUGUCUCCUACACUAACCUAGGUAGUUUUCCCUUUUGGGGGUCAGGUUAAUCGUAUAUAAGUAGCAUUUGCUCUCUGAAUUGACGAGACAUGGAUACUUUUUCUGACUGUUCAUCAUGUUUGGUUUGCAUCAGGUAUCAUUUACCUAUAAAAACUGGAUCAUCAACUUUUUCAUCUUUCCAUUCAAUGCUUUGACUCAUUCUUUGUAGAUCUAUAUUCUUCAUUCAUGAUUGACUUUUUUGCUUCCUGUUUUCCCUUUUUUCUGGACCAGUUUGGUCAGAGUUUUGUGGAUAACAGCAGAGGAAAGAAGAAUCUUGUUUUAUCUUCUUGGGGUGAUGAAUCAUUGCUCCUUGAUGAGUAUGUAAAUCCUUAUUACAAUCCAAGUUCCUAUGAUCAGUACAGUGAACAGACUCAGAAGAACCUGGUGGGCUUCCCUGGUGAUAUACUUGGCUUUUAAAAUAAUCUUAUUCCAUGUUAUAAUGGUUAUAUUCACAAAGAUCAUGCUCAUGCAGAAAAGGUUGAAUGAAGAUGUAACUGAUUAUGAUCUCCUGGAAGACUUAAUAUAUUACAUCGAUGAUAAUUGUCCUCCUGGUGCAAUCCUCGUUUUUCUUCCUGUGAGAAACUACACAACUCUUGUCAGUUUUUUGCACUUAUUUCUAUGAUUUCUGUUCAUUUCCUUCCAUGGUUUGUUACAGGGUGUUGCAGAAAUUUACAUGCUAAUUGAGAAAUUGACUGGUUCCUACCAUUUUAGAGGUUCAUCAUCUGAUUGGAUUCUUCCUUUACAUUCAUCCCUUUCAUCCUUGGAACAACGAAACGUGUUUCUGUCACCACCUUGCAAUAAGCGGAAGGUAACUGUCCUCUGUAAAAUUUACUCGUUGCAUUUAGAUCCACCUGUGAUUCCCUCACUCAGAUCAUGCAACUUCUUACUAUGGUUUGCUGUUUGAGUUCUGGUAUAUUUUAUCACUGUAUCCGUAUGCCAAGGAAAUGAUUCAGAAGUUAUCACUAUAUCCAUAUGUUUAUGCCUGGCAAUUUUGCUUGAGUUCAGAUUCAGAACUUAGGAUAAAUAUUCAAGUAUUUGCAUUAUCAUGCUGUAAACUGUCUGAUAUUUCUUUUUAAGGGCCUUUCACUCGUUCAUUUCAGUCUCUUGAGGUUCCAUGUACUUGUCUUUUGCCUUUUAUCCUUGAUGUUCAGGUUAAUGCACCCUGUUUUAGACUUCAAAUGCAAUAUUGUUAAACUCGCUAACUGGUCUAGCUCGUUAUUAUACGUAUUUCAUUCUAUUGCUUUUCUAAUGUGGACUAAGUUUAUUGAUCCAGAUUGGUCCCUUCUAUAUUGUGGUCUCUUCCGAAAUUCUGAUCCUUGAUAUGCACUAGGAUCACUCCCUUCUCUAGUUAAAAGUGUUGAAUUUUCUCUAGAUGAUGUAGCAUCCCUCUACCAAUAAGAACCUCCUUAAUAGAUUCUGAUCAUUGGAUGAGAUUAUAUCCAGUCAACUUAAAUUCCAUAGGUAUGGCAGGGAGUUCAAUCAUCAAUCUUGAUGAUACAAGAUUGACUUCCAUAAUGGUGGUAGAGACGUCACCUACUGAGGUCUCUCCUCCAGACAUAGAAAAACAAUAAAUCAGAAUAGGAACAACUGCUUACUGAGCAGAAAAAAUGUAAUUCUCGUACGUCUUCAAAAGAAAAUCAAGAAACGCCUUGAGAAGGGGCUGAAGAAAUGAUGUUUGAUCUUCCAAGUCCUCAAGAAGAGGCUCACAGAACCAACAUAAAUCUCUUAUACAAAAAGAGAUAAUAAGAAAGGAACAAUCACACCUAAAUUAGCUCUGAUACCAUGUUGAAUUUCCUCUAGUUCCUUCGUUUUUUGAAGAACGACAGACCUUUUCCUGGAAGGGAAAAAAUGACUUCAAGAUUAAUUUCCAUCGAGAUAGGGAUAUGUUAUUUAUAAUAGAACAAUGGGAGAAGGUUCUAGGCACAAAGUCUUAUCUUGAGACAUAGAGGUGAUGUUCACGUGCUUCUUUAAGUGAAGCAUGUGAUACACCUCACCACAACUGCUAACACAAUAUUUACACUGUAUUUCAACAGCCAAACAUGUCUUGUGGAAGCAGAUCCAUUUCUAGAACAUCACAAGGAUCUGAGUCACAUUCAACUCUUUUAUCAAAAAUUACGCCAUCCUUCUUUUGCUACUGUAAAGAGUUUUCGUCCUUCCUUGUUUCAAAAGGUGUCUGUAAAAACACUUAAGUAUGACAUAUGUGAACUGUCCAAAUAUACUCGUGUUUUCCUUUCUCUUGCAUCCAUAGUGAUGUUUGGGGACCAUAAGUUUCACUAUAAAUCUACUAGGUAAUAAAUGGUUUGUUACCUUCGUGGAUGAUUGUACCCAUUUCAUACGAGUUUUCUUCUUAAGCAGAAAUUAGAAGUUUUAAUUGUGUUGAAAUGUUUCUGUGCAAUGAUCAAAACCCAAUUUGAUAAUCCUAUAAAGAAAUUCAGGUCAUAUAAUGCCAAGGAAUACUUUAGAAAUGAUCUAAAUUCCUUUCUUUAGGCUGAGGGUAUUAUACAUGAGUCUUCAUGUGUUUACACUCAGUAAAACAGAUUGGCAGAAAGAAAAAAUCGACACCUCUUGGAGGUUACACACUCACUUUUGUUCCAGGCGAGUGCACCCAAAAAAAUUUGGGGUGAAGCUCUCUUAACAGCAACAUAUCUAAUAAAUCGUCUUCUCACUAGAACCUUGGAUUUUCAAAGUCCUAUGGAAAAGUUAGCUAUUUGGAUGUGUCUCAUUCAUUCAUAAUCAUAAUCUAGCUAAAGGUAAAUUAGAUCCAAGAUCCCUCAAAUGUAUGUUUGUUGGAUAUUCAACAACUCAAAAAAGGUAUCGAUGUUAUCAUCCACCAGCUCAAAAAUUCUUUACAACUAUAGAUAUUACCUUUCAUAAAUCUGUUUUUUAUUUCCAGAAAAACUCUCAAGACACAUCUUUGUCAUUUUCACAUUUUCUUGAUUUUUUCCUAGAUGGAGUUUCUUCUCCUUCAGAUCAAAUUAUCCUACAAAUUUAUGUGUUUGACCAAAAUCCAUCUCUUCCUGAUCGACUUCCUGAAAAACUUAGAUUUAGUCGGAUUUAUUCCAGGACAUGAGUACGUCCAAAUUCUGGAUUAGCCCAAGACUUCGAACUGGCCUUAACCAAUGAUCAAGAAAGCACAUUUAUCCUUACAGAAAAUACUACCAGUCCUCAAUCCAAUGACCUUCCUAUUACCCUCAGGAAACCUCCACGAGCUUGUACAAAACACCCAUUAUACCCUUUAGCGAACUCUAUUUCUUAUCAUAAACUUUCUCCAUCAUAACCUUCUUUGCUACCUUGUUUAAUAUUACCAUUCUAGUUAAUAUUUCAGAAGCUUUCUCUAAGAAAGAGUGGAAAACAAACCAUAGAUGAUGAGAUGCAUGUUCUUCAGAGAAAUAAUACAUGGGAGCAUGUACCUCUCCCUAAGGAUAAACGGGCAGUUGACUGUAGAUGGGUUUAUUCUAUAAAAUUCAAUGCUGAUGGAUUAAUUGAAAUGCACAAGGCCAGACUCGUAGCUAAAGGAUAUACACAAGUUUAUGGAAUUGACUACCAUGAAACUCUUUAUCCUGUGGCAAAAAUGAACACAGUCAGAAAUAUUUGACCAUUAGCUGCUAUUCUUAGUUGGAAUGUCCAUCAAUAUGAUGUGAAGAAUGCCUUUCUUCAUGGGGAUCUUACUAAUGAAGUAUAUAUAUAUAUCCAUCUGGUUAUGGAGGAAAUUUAUUAUAUAACAUUGUUUGCAGACUAAAAAAGUCGUUGUAUGGACUGAAAUAGUCUCCACGUGCAUGGUUUGGGAGAUUUUCUACUAUCAUGCGAAAAUUUGGUUAUAGUCCUAGUAAUGCUGAUCACACAUUAUUUUUCAAACAUUCUUCAUCAGCGGGAAUUACUAUACACAUAGUUUAUGUUGACGACAUUAUAAUUACUUGAAGUAAUGACAUUGAAUUAGGAAAUUUGAGCAAAUAUCUUGCCAAGGAAUUUGAUAUCAAGACUUUCGGUUGUCUUAAAUAUUUUUUAGGCAUUGAGGUGACUCAUUCUUCUAAGGGCAUAUUCAUCUCUCAACGAAAGUAUGUGAUAGAUCUUCUAAAGGAUACUAGAAAGUCUGCAUGCAAACCAGCUGGCACCCCCCUUGAUCGUAAUCACAAACUUAGUGCUGGUGAAAGGGAGGAGUCUAUUGAUCGAGAAAUAUAUCAACGUCUUAUUGGAUGAUUGAUUUAUCUCAAACACACUAGAUCUAACAUCUCUUAUCCAGUUAGUCUCUUAAGUCAAUUCAUGCAUCAGCCAACUGAAUCACAUCUUCAUGUUACAUAUCAGGUGUUACACUACCUAAAGAGAACUCUUGGAAAUGGCAUUCUCUUCAAACGUGGUGGUAACUUAACAAUUGGGAUGUAUACUGAUGCUAAUUAUACUGAUUCUCUUUUAGAUCGUCGGCCAACUUCAGGCCUUAUAAUGUUUCUAGGAAGAAAUUUGGUUACUUUGCCACAGCAAGAAACAGAAUGUUGUUGCUCGCUCAAGUACAGAAGCAGAAUUCAGGGCACUUGCGCAUGGAAUAUGUGAACUACUUUGGGUAAAGAUUUUACUCAGUGACCUAAAGAUUUCCAUUUCAGGUCGUAUGAAGCUCUAUUGUGACAAUAAAUCUAUAAUUAAUCUUGUGCACAGUUAUAUUCAACAUGAUUACACAAAGUAUGUUGAGAUAAACUGUCACUUUAUGGAGGAAAACUUGGAGCCUAAAGAAAUCUUUAUUCCCUAGAUCUCCACUCAACAUCAACUGACUGAUUUACUAACAAAAGGUGUCUCUGGGACUCAACUACAACAAGUGCUCUCCAAGCUGGGAAUGAAUGAUAUCCACUCACCAGCUUGAAGGGGAGUAUUGAAAUACAGUGUAGAUACUGUGUUAGCAGUUGUGGUGAGGUGUAUCAUAUACUUCGCUUAAAGAAGCAUGUGAACAUCACCUCUAUGUCUCAAGAUGUAAGGCUGUGUCCAGAACCUUGUCCCAUGGAUCUGUUAUAAAUAACAGAUCCCUGUCUCGAUGGAAGUGAAUCUUGAAGUCAUUUCUUCAAGAAACAAAAGAACUAGAGGAAAUUCAACAAAAAGGUUGUAAAGGAAGUAAACUUUUUUAAAAGAGUCCUAUGCAUAGACUUCUGGAAGUUGGAGGCAGGGUGAUCUGAGCUAUAACCAAGGCAGUAUGAUCUGUCCUUGGUUUUUCACAUUCCAUUUCCUUAAAGACUGUUGGCCUUGGUUCAUUCUCUGCCAGCUAAAUCUAUUAUCUGUGUGUAGAAGUAGCAUGAUAAAUUUCGGAUUUUUUUUGCCCUCAUUCAUGAUUGUCAAGUUUGCAUAUUGUAUUCUUUAAAAUAUUAUUAAUGUCGUCAGGUUUACAGCAGAUUUAUACUUGUGAAAAUUAUGCAUCCUUUUUUUGUAUGCAUCUCUCAAUAUGGUAUGUUCUUUUUGCCGACCUUUUUAAAAGGACACAAAUUGUGUUCUCAUAUAUGUCUCUCAAUUCACAUCCAAAUUAUAUAAAAAAUAUAAGUUGGGUUCUUAUCCUCCAAUUUUUUCACUUGUGUUAAAAUGAAAUACAGCUUAUAAAAACCAUUUGUGUUGAAGUGCUUUAAUGUUUUGUAUUUGUUUAUAUACGUUGAGAUUUCUUCUCUCCCAUUUUUGGCUAAUUCACUUAUGUUAUCCUGAAAACAGUGAGAAGGAUUGAGAAACAUAGAAUAGAAGAUGGUCACCUUUAAAGGUUGUGAUGAUUGGAAUUUUUCCGUAUCUGUUUGUUUUGGGAAUUACAUCCAUCUUUGGGCACUUACAUGUUGAAGUUGAACCUGGACGCUGAUGCAGUUCUUGUGCUGAGAAGUUGGGCUAGAAUGAUGAUAGUUGUCAAAAUAUCUGACAAUUCAACCAUUUAAAAACAUAGAUAAAUUCUUUGUUUGCUGUACUAUAGGUUAUUGUUGCUACAGACAUUGCAGAGACCAGCAUCACGAUUGAUGACAUAAUUUAUGUGAUCGACUCAGGGAAGCACAAGGAAAACCGUUAUAAUCCUCAAAAGGUGUGCAUUUUAAUGUAGCUUUCUUCGAUGCUUUCAAUAAAUUUCAUUUUUUAAAUUAUGUGUCCUCUGGUUUGUUAGUUUUCGUUACUUUAUUUCCCCUUUGGUCAUUAUUUCUUUAUAAUCAUAUUUGACAUCAAAAAAGUCCCACUGAGACUGAAGUGAUGACAUAUUUUCCAGUGUUAGGAGGUGAACUUCAAGGAGUUGAUUCUUGGGUAUCAGACAUCAAUGUGAUUUUGUUGAGAACUCGAAAUAUUCCAAAGAACUUGUCUUAGAGCUGCUACCUUUUCAUCAUGACUUUUUAGCAAAGCAGGAGUUUUAUGAUUUGGCAAUACACACAUCUUCCUUCUGUAAUUUAGAGAGGAGUUUGUAUUAUACACGAGAGCUGGCUAUUGUUAUUGUGAAUGGUGUUGAAUGGUCUUCUAACCUGGUUCAUUGAUAUUUGUUGCUUUGCUAGCUGAUGAAGUAUCAAUGUCAUCCUCUAGAUUACUUGUCUUUUAUUUUGUUUAAUUCAGUCUCAAAAGAUGGGCAUUAUUUCCAGUAUCUAGUCCAUUUAUUUGUGUUUGAGGUUUAUAACAUUUAAUUCUGCACCAUAGACCUUCACCCCAUUCACAUGCAAGCUUCCUUAAAAGUCCCAAUGCUAUUCAAAUAUUGGAUUUUCACCGUUCUUAUCUUGCUUCAUAUGAAGUUUAAGAGACAGAAUCCUGCCUAUAGGAUUUCUGAUAUAUCACAAGGAUCAGAAGUUACAGACAAUGUCAGCAGACCUUCAUGUCCUCAUCAAAUUAUUAAAUGAGUUUUCUGUUGUCAUACUGCAUUACUACAGCUUGGUGUCAUGUAACUUCACGUGGCUAAUUAUUUUUACUCUUGCGGUGAUUCUUGCAUAUAUUGUAGGCACUUAUUCUUCUUUGCUGUGGAUAUACUUUCAAACCUUUGGGACCUCUUAAGUAUCCACCUUGUUUCUGGCUUUUGAAAAGCUUCAAAUGUAUCUUAUGUUUUAAUCUAUGUUUUCCGUCCUGUCUACUUCUGACAUUAUUGUUAUUGUUAAUGCCACAUGGUGGUCAAAUCUUCUCAAAUUCCAGAGAAUGACAAGCAUCAUAGAAGAUUGGAUAUCUCAAGCAAAUGCAAAACAACGACGAGGAAGAGCUGGGCGCGUGAAACCUGGAAAUUGCUUUUGCCUGUAUACACGUUACAGAUUUGAACAACUUAUGCAAUCAUUUCAGGUCCCUGGGAAGCAUCAUAUACAUCUUUUUAAUGUUUAUUCUCAUUUCUUUUUUCAAUAUUGGUGUUUUUCAAUUUGCAUUCCAACAUUUGCAUGACUGCUCUUUCUUAUUUUCCGUUAUGUUUCAUUGGGUUGGACUUACUAUGCCCCCCAUAACCCUAGGAGUGCUCUCUAUCUCUCUUAUGAAGGCUCACAAGAUAAAGAUUUCUCUUCAAGCAUCUCUCUCUCUAUCUCGCUCUUUCUAUAUACAUGCGCUGAGUUCUGUGUUACAGGCGAAGAAAUCCCCAAAAUCCUUAUCCCGGCCAGGAAGGUGGAAAAUAAGAGGUGCUUAGCUUCAUUAAUCGUUCAGGUCUGGUAUUUAUAUCAGACCUAUCGUAGAGGGGGUGAACCGGACCAGUCCGGUCCGGUUCGACACUUAAGUAAUAAAGAAAAUAUUACAGUAAAAGAAUUAAAAAAACGACUAAUUCCGACAACAUGUUUACAAUAUUUCUAAGAGCCUGUAAUGAUAACAUGAGCCUUUAAUGUAUGACAUCCAAUGCCGAUUGCUUGGCUCAGAUAUAUUAGUGUAAUUAUAAGAUAUGCUAGUCUUAUGGCCUUAGUUAACUUUUUAAAUCCCAUUAAUGACUAAUUAAUGAUGAUCGAAUACACUCAUCUCAGCAGUUUUUCAUGAAUAUCAAUAGAAUGGUUGACUGUUUAACUUUGAACUUUUCUAUGUGAUGUCAAUCCACAUUUGUAAUUCCUAUGCUGCUUGAACUUUUCUGUUAAAGUCCUGCCUCACUGACUUAAUAUAGGAAGUUUGAGUCUUAGAAGUUCUUUCUCAGUCAGAACAGUAGAGCUUGUGUCCACUUUUCUCUGUCGAGGAUGUCCAUCAGCAUUCCUUUUUUCCUUUCUGGGCGGUUUAUUUGAUCGUAUGGACCUGUCAAAGGCAAGAACUCUUAUGUUUUAGACUUCUCUUUUGGCUGCCUCCGGUUGGGAACUGGUUGGCAACUUCUGGACUAGGGUCAAUUUUAAGUUUACUGUCGGCUUGUUCAAACCUGAAAAGAGUUAAAAAGAGUUUGUUGCACUCAUUUCAUUUCCAAUAUAGUUAAGAGAUCUGCCUUUGAUUUGAGCCAACUCGAUUGCUGUUUGGCAUCUUUUUGUUUCUAGAUGCAGGAUCGUAGGUGGUGGGGACAUGCCAUGGAAAGUAAGUCUAUUUGGUUUAUAAUUGGUUAUGUGGGUUGCAGUUUAAGGGUGGCUAUCCGAGUCCUCUUGAAAUUAAAUAGACAAAUUUAGAACCUGCUAUGACUUCUCACACUUGUUCAAGUUUGGCUCGGGCCUGGCCAUAUACAAGUAUCAGCCCCGCAAGGCAAUUAUGAAUUGGUCCAACAAUGAACCGGCCAACCAGUUAGGAACCGGUCUAGUAACGAACCGGACUCCUAAACGGUAAACAAUACUUGUACGUCCUUUCCCAUGUGCCAGAAAUUGGGACUAUUGUAAAUGUCACAUUUGUGGCUUGCUGAAGAAGAGUGGGGAGUGUGGGGGUAGAAAAAGAGUGAAAAGACAGGACAGAGGUGGAAGAAAUAACGAGAAAAUGGGGUGAGUUUCUGGGAAUCACUGUGGGCCACCACUCAAUGUUGCCAUGCACUAUGUCUGUCAAUGAGUCAAUAGGGCUUUGAGUCUGGGGAAGGGGAUUUUAUAAGGAUUGCCUUGUAAUUUUGUCAACGGCCUUUUUAAUGAAAAAAACAGUUAGGCAUACACUUUAACAUUGUCAUGUUAUCUUUUUGUUUCCGUUUUAACCUAUCUAGUCUUUCCAAUGAACCAACGAUUUGGGUCAUCUGUUUUGGAAGACUAUGGAUAGGUCUCCAGUUGGCAAUUCCCCCACUUGUCCUAUGUGUGUUGUUGAUUUUCUGUGCUCCUAUGACAAGAUUGUACUAAAAGCGGAAUACCACAAAGGAAAAAACAUGUUUCCCAAACAUUUAGAUGGCCAGUGACGUUAUCACAAGAGAGAAACAAGUCCAAGUUAUAUAAUAUUAUUUCAUUGUAUCCUCUGAUGGUCUAGUUGCUUCGUCAAUUGUUGAAUGUAUGUAGUAUUCUAUGGCCAUAUGCUGAUAAAGCAUUUUCUAUUAUUGGACAUUAAUGCAUGCAACGCAUUUUCAUUUUCUUAGCUUUUAUCAUUUUUUGUGAAGGUACCUGAGAUUCUACGAGUACCAUUAACUGAAGUAUCUCUGCAAAUAAAAUCACUUGCUUUGGGUGAUAUAAGAUCUUUUUUGUUGAAGGUAAGAAGAAAAACCUUGCGCUAAGGUAGCUGAAGUAAUUUCUUUAACUAAUGAUCUGUAAAUAUGUUCUGUACUAAUGAUUUGGGCUACUGGCUUAUUUUCAACAGAAAUUGCAUGUACUGAAAAUUAACACUUUCAAACGUCUACAUAUUUUUUCCAGGCAAUAGAACCACCUCGUGAAGAGGCAAUUUCAUCUGCAAUUGGUACAUUGUGUGAGGUAGUAAUAGUUUAAUUAAUUUCUUAAAAUAUUUAAGGCAUUUCUCUAGAUAUUUAGAGUCUAUGAAAUAUCCUGGUACAUGUUUUUGCUCUUUUAUAGAAGAUUUUUCUUUAUUUAAUUGAGAGUUGAUAGGAGUACAUUCUUGUACUACUAUUCACAUAUUGAUGUCACCACAUAAGCAAACUUUUUUUUCAACCUCCAUAGAUAACUCUCAUUUUGUUUAAUGUCAUUGGAUGAUCAAAACUUUGCAUUUUUUCUUUAUUUUCAUGAUGCAGGUCGGAGCCAUUGAUGGUGAUGAGAAGAUGACACCUCUUGGCUAUCAUCUUGCAAAGCUUCCUGUCGAUGUCCUGAUUGGAAAGGUUUUGACUCUUGUUUCCUCCGUUGAUUUCAUUAAGAAGGUGGCAAGAAAAGUGUUAUCUAAAUCUAUCACUCGGUACCGCGAAAAUUAAAUAUUUCCUAAUAUUUUGUUUCUUGGGUCGUAGUCUCAUCCAUUUGUUGAAUUUGUUCUUGCAAUCCUUUGAACAAAAUAAGUAUAAGAGGUUCACAUGUCUGUCGUCCACUUGCUGCUAAGAAUUAAGAGAUUGUUUCAUCUUUAUUCUGCUGGUAAGUUAGGCAAGAAGACAUCUUUCUACUGCUUAACAGUAAGAAGACAUUGUCAAAGAUUGUAGUGGGUCAGUCCUAUGAAGAUAUACGCUUUCAGUAUAACGUUCAAGGUGCACAUUUGCUCGUACUGAUCGCCCAUUAUUUAUCGAUAGACCAUAUUAUGUGAACCAGAACAUUAUGCUACGGAACUGCAAAGCCUGGAAUCUCAUCUAUGUUCAUCAAUGCUCACUUCUGCAUCGUUCAUUGCAUUUUUUCUACCAUUGUACCACUUCUCUCAAUUUAAAAAAUAUUGCGGCAUGUAACUGAUCUUCUAAACUUUUAUACCAUUUUGAAUAGUAGUGCCAUAGUUGGAUUGGAAUAACAUAUCCCAAUGCACACAUAUCAAAACCAGUCACUUUUGUGUACAUCUCCAAGUUAUUGAUUUACCUAUACAGCCAAAACGUUAAAUUCCAAGACAUUUGAAUGUUUAUAAACGUUUAUCAUUUUAUUUAUUCUUAGUCUUGAUUUGUUAUGAUAUUCUUUGACGGUUCUUUAUUUUCUCCUUUUUCUUUAUAGAUGAUGCUGUAUGGUGCGCUAUUUAGUUGUUUAUCACCAAUUCUUUCAGUUGCAGCAUUUUUAAGCCACAAGUCACCGUUUGUGACUCCAAAGGAUGAGGUGACAAUUAAUCAGUCCUUUUAUCUAAUGGUUUAGCCUGUCUCAGUGGCCGCUAAAAUAAAUGAUUUUUUUUCUACUGCAGAAAGAAACCAGUGAAAGAGCAAAGUUAAUGUUGUUGGGUAGUAAGGUUGAUGGAUUACCUGAUACAAAUGAGGGAGCGAGGCAUUCUGACCACCUAUUAAUGGCCCUUGCAUACAGCAAGUGGUCAAAGAUUUUGCAUGAGGUUAUUAAGUUGUCAUUAUUGAUGGUUUUUAUUGCAUAUUCUGUUGGCAAUCGUUGAUUACUUGCUGAAACGGAUCUCUUUCUCAGUUUUGGGAUUGUACAAUUAUUUCCCUGUUAACUCUAAAAUAUAUUUUUUUUCAGGAGGGAGCAAAAGCUGCUCAGCAUUUUUGUCGUUCAUAUUAUUUGAGUUCUUCAAUCAUGUACAUGAUAAGGUAAAUUCCUUGUGCUGAAUGCUCUUGUGCAAAGAUUUAGUAUUUAGUUCAUUAAUUUUUUCUUACAGUCAUUUUUUCGCUUUUUAGCUAAAACUUAGCCUUCUUUUUCUAGGCGUUCUUCUAUCAUUCUUUUCCAUGAAACUGGGAUAGUUCAUAAGAAUUUUAGAUUUUCAAAGCAGCAUUCACGUCAUCAUUUUUUAAAGUUUUGAACAAAAGUAUCACAUGGCUUUGACCUUAAUGCUUAAGUGAUGAUUACAUAUUAAUUUUUAUACCAAUAUAGAUGUCGAAUUUAAAAAGAAUCCUGCUAGCACGAUUAAUUGAAUGUAAUUUAUGAUCCAGUAGGGAUGAUGAAAUGGAUGCUGAAUAGAUGGUUUAAACCUAUGAAGUUAUGAAUGCAAGGUGAAAAACCUACGGAAUUUAUGUACCUUACAUCCAUAUACAGUAAGGUUCUGACCCUGAAAUGGCACUUUGGUCUAGCUAAGAAUUGAAGUUUGGUGACAUAUGCUUUAAAGAUGAAUAAAAAAGGGGGAACAUGUGAUCUAUUUUGUUUUGGAGGUGACGUCUUUAAGGAGAAAAUGAGGGAUUGGUUUUGAAAAUGGUAGCUCUAAAGCAUUGUCAAACAAAAAAGGGGAGAUUGGCUGGCAUAGCCCUUAUUGUUAGCUGAAGACAGGUUGACUUGCACUGGGCUUUCUUUCUUCUUGCUGUUUAUGAAGAAAACGACAUGUUAAACCUUUUCCCAUUGGUUUUGGCAGCAAAAUUAGUUGAAGAUCCUCAUCCACUGUCCGUCUAUCAUUGUUCUUUGGAGGUGAAUAUUACUAUGUAACCAUUGACCAUAAAAAAGUCAGGAAUAUUCAUAAGUGGUGUGGACUAAGGGACCCCGUAUAUAUACACUCAGCUCUGAAGCAACCCCGUAUAUAAGAGCUCUAAUCUACACGAAAGUGGUGUGGACUAAGGGACCUAAGGUACCCAACGGGGUAUCACAGAAAUUUUCCAAAGGGGAGCAUGAUAUUCAUAUUGAAUCAUAACAAAGGUGUUUGUCUCACUAAGUCCUAGGCUUCAAUUGGAACUCGCCCUCUUUUUUUCACAUUAAGUAUGCAAAAUCAGUAUUUAUGAGCCUUGUGUGGCAAACAGUGGUGAUGUUCACCAUAAUGGUUCAUCUCAUUGUCAACAACUGUUACCACAGGAUUGGAUCGGUUAUGCACUUCUUGUUGUGGACCUUCAAUGCAACCAAUUGAUAUCUACCUUUUUACCCCUUUUCUUGCUAGAACUUCAAAAUUUAUAUAACUUGGAAGACAAUGAUAAUAAAGGCAUAAUAGAAAGAGAGGAAGAAUACAUCUGAAAAACCCCCUUGUUGAACUUGUGGUAGACAAAAUAAAAAUAGUUUGAAAAAAAGGGGGAAAGCAUCUUAAACUAUGCAGUGACUGGUGCCAACAAUGAAAAUAGACAUGAAAAAGAGGGUAAGGCUAUUCCCAUAAAAUAAUAUGUCCAUAGAACUUCAAAAAAUUCAUCUAUUGAUAAUCAAGGUUAACAAAGGCUGCAACCAUUUAACUCUUAUGUUGAUUCAGAUUAUUCAUGACCCAAUGUGGAUCCUUCAGAACAUUAUUAUUGGUAUAGAAGGUAUCAAAAUAGAGUCUAAAUUUGAUAAAAAGGAGUAAUAAGCAUUUGAGAUCUGGGAAUAAUCAAUAUCUUUGGCAAUAGGAUGACACGUUUCACAUGUACUACUAUAUACAUUUAUGUGAAGAUGAGGAUCACAAACGUUGUGUGCAGAUUUUCAAAGUGUCCUAUCUUGACUUGACUAUUUCGCAUUCUCUUGGGUUUAAUAUUUAAUCAGAAGUCCUUCCACCAUUUUCUCCCUCUGAAAGUAAGCAAAUUGAAUGUUGGACAGAUUAUGGUGAAGAUUAUGUUGAGACAUUCUCUCAAGUUGCCAAAAUUACUUUAGUACGGAUCUUCUUGGUAUUGACUGUCCGGUUCUCUUGGCUUCUACAUCAGCUAGAUAUCAAGAGUGCGUUCCUUCAUGGUGACUUACAACAGGAGAUUUACAUGGAGUAACCACUAGGUUUUGUUGCUUAAGGGGAAGGGGAGUCCAACUUAGUCUGUCACCUACAGGAAAUCUCUCUAUGGUCCGAAGGAAUCUCCAUGGGCCUAGUUUAGUCGAUUCAGAUAAUACUAUAUUACAGUUUGGUCUUCCUAUGCUGCCCUUGUCCAGGGCAGCAUCUAGUCUGGCGACGCCGCCCUUAUUUGGGGCCGCAUCCAAUCUGGCAUCCCCCUUGUCCGGGGCUGCAUCUCGUCCAAGACUGUCUCCUGUCCGGCACUGCCUAUCCACAAAGCAGCUAGGGCAGAAAUCCUAGCAGCAGAAGAGCAUUCUUCCUCAAUGCUGACAUCAUCAUCAAUCUUCAUGAUGGUGUGAGAUAGCAAUAAUAAAGUAAGUCAUGUGAUUGACAUUGCGCUGUGUCCGACAUUCAUCCGGCAUCCUCCUCAAUCCUAUGUCAUCAUCCAUCAAGUGUUGUCUCAGUCCAGUGUUCAUCCUCUGUCCGGCGUCAUCUCUCAUUUUCCAACAUCGUCCCUCUUCGGUCUAGCAUUAUCCCACCCAAUUCAGCAUCAUCCCAUGCCGUCCCUCAUUGUCUCUCCUCCGUCCAGUGUCGUUUGAUGUCCAGUGUGUCCUCUGUCCUCCUUAGUCCACCGUCCUCUGUCCUUAAUCUAUUGGCCUCUAUCCUGCAUUCAUUCAACAUCCUUCCUAGUUUGGUGACCAAGUCUCUCAGAGUUCCCACCGCUGCCGUCCAUGCUGUCUGGUGCUAUACACCUCUGUCCAGCGCCAUCCCUCCACCUCCCUCUGGUGUCAUACACCUCGCCCCUCCUCUGUUUGGCAUUGCCCUCUGUCCAGUGCCAUCUCGAGUGUCCCAAGGUCAUCCAGCGUCAUCCGAUGUCAUUCUGUGCCGUCUUGCACAGUUCAGCACCAUCUUGCGCAGUCCGCGUUAGACAGCAUUAUCAUACAACAAAGCAGUCCCACAUUGUCACAUCCCAGUAGAGGAGCUUUUUGACACCGUCACAAGGGAGUUGGUACCACAACGGAUUGUCGUCAUCAUGCAUUUCUUUCCAGCAACAGCAUGAUCAUCAAUGAUUUAAUCAAGAUGAACUUUUCUAAAGUGAAUCUUGAGGGGGAGUAUUGAAAGUUCUAAGGAAAAUAUUGUAAAGCAUUGAGGGUAUUUUGGAAAAGAGUCUAUAUGGUUUACUUCCUUUUAAUGGGUGUAAGAGAUCAAUGAUGGGUUGAGGUGGUUUCCACCAUUUCACCCCUGUCCUCUGUGAAAGAGGAAAUCUGUCUGUUCUCAAUUGAUCUUGUUUCUCAACAAUACCUUCUGGCCUUUCUUUCUAGCAACCUUAUAUGAUUCCAAAAGAUUACAAGAAAAACAGCUUACAAAACUUCCAAGAUGAUUGUAUGACAUGAUAUUUAGAGCCACAACUCAAAUGACGAUAAAGUGCUUUGAAUAAUUUGAGAUCUGGAGAAGAAUCUUUCCAUGCCUUGGAAUCUUUUUAACGUUUGGACUGUUGCCAAUUUGGCAAUCUUUCUUUAGUUUGUGUCUUUCAUAAAUUAGAGUAUUCAACUAACUGUUGCAGAAAGUUCUUCCUUCCUUCAAUGACCAGAAAGUAACUAGUUUUUCUAGUUUAUGUCUUGGUACUUCAGUCAGACUUAUUGUUGCGAUUUUUUAGGCUUUGGCAUUUGAAAGUCAAGUGAUGGCACUUCAGCCCGAUUGCUAGCACAGAUGUCAACACUCAAUUGUAUCCGUGUUAAUACUCGUAUUUUUCCUUUUUUUUAAAUAGGAAACUUUGACUUAUUCUCAAGACUCUGAGAGGGAAUAGUAUUGAAAACAUAAGCACCAGUAAAAAAUAACACAACCUAAAAAAUUUAGAAACAUUUUAAAUAGAAAAGAAUAAGGGCUCUCCAAAACAAAUUUGUUUUUCUUCUAGGCCACUCGACUUUGCUUACAGGUAUAUAAACAAGAUGACUCCUCCAAGAAAAUCUUGCCAUGUAAAGAACUCAUGUGCAUUAUUUAUAUAAAAGGCUCACCGAUAUUUCUCAAAUUCAGUUUGAAUCAUCCAAACAAUAUACUCAGAUGAGUCAAGAAACUUAAUCCCCUUGAUUGUUUUAGCCAAGUAUUGUCGUGAACUGUGGUGCCAGCCCUAGGAAGAUUUGCAGAGGAAAAACGCAACUUGUAUUCACAUCAUAGAUGACUGUUAUGUGCAAGUAUCAGGGGCACAAACCAAGGAAAUUGCCUAACAACUAGUAAACCGACAAACUAGGAAACGGUCUAACUAAGAACCAAACUCCUAAUUGUAUGUUAUUUCCCACUACUAUGAUGUAGAUAAUCAUCUAUAAUGUUUUAUGAAAAUCGAUAGCAAUCAAGAGAAGGGACAUCCACAAGUCAGUUAAAGUUGAACGUGAACUUAUUGGACUUCAAAUUGAGUUCUACAAUGUGCAUCGAAUUGCAAUGUUUGAUAUUGAGGGAGCAAAAUGAUAUGAUAUCUUCAAAACGUGAAGGGAGCAAAAUUUCUUAGGUAUGUCAGAUAGACCCCCUAGGAAAUUGUGCCCUAUAUACAUAUGUUGAAAUCUUGGAUCAUUAUCCACGUGAUUCCAUUGGAUAGACCCUUCCUUCUUCUAUUGUUUGUUUAGAAAACACAAUGAUGAGGAAAAGAACGUUAUAGAUAAGUUUAGGUAUUUAUUAUGACUAUUUCCCAAAAGAAGGUUGAUAAAAACCGAGGAAGCGCAAAGUUAAAUUACUAUCAAGUUGAAAUACUUUGUAUCAAGUUCAAUGGCCUCUUUAUUCUACCCGUAACCAAAGAAAUAUAAAUAAAUAGAGGAAGCGAUAUCUAUCAUAUUGUCAACAACUUUAAGAUCAAUUGUACGGCAUUCAGUGCUUAAGUCGUUACUCUUGAACUUUGUCAUCAUGAAGCCCAGUAUGAAUCUUAGCCCUCAUAAACCAUAGAAAAGAUAUUCAAAAAUCCAAAAUCUUAAACCUUUGAUUUAUGGCUGAGAAGAGAAAGAUAGAGGGGAUUGACCUUGUCCAUUUUCACUCGUGUGAAUGAGAUGCUACUGUGCAAGCAGCACACAACCAACAAAGGAAAGGAUGCCAGCCAAUCUCUUUAGAUGCUGACUCUUGUAGCACUCAAUUAACGAAUAAGUUUAGUGGAAACUGAUGAAAGAAGAGGGUUUAGUGGAACCAAUGUUCAUGCGAGAAUAAGUUUUGAACUCCUAGACUUUCUCCUGAGUUAUUUUUAUAGUUCUUCCACGAUUCAUAAACACAUGCGCUAAUCCUAAAUUAAAUGAAAUAGAUGAGGAUAAGAAGCACAAAGAGGAUAAAAAUGAGUAACUGGAAUUGGAAGAUUGGGUGUUUUCUUAGUUUUCGAACCCCUUCCCUCACCGCAGUUGUAAGAUCCGUAGUUGGCCUUUGAGAAGAUCGUAUGUAUGUUCUUGAAUAUGCAUGUGAGGAUUUAACGAAGAGCGUGGAGGCAUAGCAACCUCAUGAGAUGAUCAUUAAAACGUUGACAUGUUGUUUAUUUUUUUCUAGGAUGCUAUUUAAGGUAAAAGGAACCAGAGAAGGAAAUGUGCUGCGAAUUCUAGAUACUCUUUGUGAGGAAAUCGCUCGGUAGAUUAGAAAGAGCUUUGACUGAAUGAAACAGUGACAUCUUUCAAGACAUUUCUUCAUUGUCUUAGAAUUGAAGCAUCCGUAACCUUUAAGUUGGUUUAUUGGUGAAAACUUCUCUAAUCGUCAUAGGAUCAAGUUUGGUGGUGUUAAGACGCAAUGGUUGCAAGAGAAAACAAGGGAUGAUUAAGUCAUAAGGGAUGAUUAAGUCAUAAAAGCAUGUAAUUUGAUUGAUUUCUGACACGAACCAAACAACUGACCGACAACUUUCAACUUAACCAAGUUAGGAAACCGACCUACAACUUAACCAACCUAUUUAUAAGUUUCUCCCGCAAUUUCCACUGCUCCUAGAUGUCAUUUUAUUCAUGACAUUUUAGGCAUAUGAUGAUGACAUACACUCCAGUGAGGGAUACAGUGUAAUUUCUCGGUGUAUGGCAGAGAUUACUCCCAUGCGUUUAAUGAGCUAAGUGGUUGUAAUAGUGACAUGUGAUGAUCCUUGUUCAUACUGACUAUUAUUCUUUGUGGAUGAUAGUUUGAUUAGUGGAUGGCCCAAUGAAAAAGUUUGUAUGAAAAAGUAAGUACAAGGGGAGAUCAAAGAGGAUGGAUUUCCAUCAACCUUAAGAUAAAUAAAUUAUUCACAGCCCUCUAAACAUUUAUAUAUAUGGCUAAAAAAUGAAAUAAUGAAAAUUAUGAGUUAAAGGCUGAGCCAGCCGAUCGAGAGAAGGGCUAAAAUACGCUUUUGGAGAAUAAAAUAAGUAGACCCUAUGUUUUACGUAAUCAUUUAGCAUGCCUGUUGUGAAUUUUUCUUCUCACAAAUGUAAUAUAUUUUUAUCUGUCGGUUAGAGGCCUGCCUGCCUUGUUGCCAAGGACUUCUUAAAAUUUAUUCGAAAACAUGAGUUACCUUAUUUUUGAUAGAGGUUUUUUCCAUUUUCCCACGAAACUAUCACUGUUGUCAAAAAGGCUCCAAGCAUUCAAAUUUUUGAUAGGCAUGUAUCCAUCUGCAAGUUAUGCAAGUUUCCUAUCUUUGAAAAUCUGAUUACUUUAUGUUCCUGGGGUUAAUAUGAUGAGGUUGUCUUACAGGGACAUGCGGACACAGUUUGGGACUUUGUUAGCAGACAUUGGACUUGUCGAUCUCCCAACAAGUUUUCUGGUCAUAUUUUUAACCAAAAUCACGCAUCUUUUCAUAUGAUUUAAAUGCUUUCAAGUUAUCUGUAUGGUUGACACAUAUUUUGAAUCAUACAGAUAUAAAGGGCCUUCUUUUCUUCUCAUUCUCAGUUUUCUGUAGUCUUUCAAUCAUUGAAGAAGGUGUGUAAAAACUGCAUGCGUUCAUAGAUAAAGGCUCACAUUUUUCGGCUGUCCCACUUUCAUUAAAAAGGACUAUAAAAAGGCAGUCCCUUCUCAAAACGAUUGGCUGAUAUGGCCACUUCAGUGGUCUUCAGAAAUCUGAAGAAUCCAACUUCCUUAUUUUCUUUCAUUCUUGGUCUUGUUAUACAAGUCUGAGAAUUAUCCUCAUGAUCAUUACUAAAGGGAAAAGGCGCGUGGGAUUCAACAUUACCAUAUGCACAGACAGAGACAGCAUGGGCAUUUCCUGGAGUGUCCAAGAUUCAAAUCUCAAAUAUGCACUCACUUUCAAAACAGUCGAAUAUAUUAAAUUUCAUUUGCAUAACUAGUUUGUCACUAAGCUGUAGUCACUUCUUUGAAAUAGUAAAGGUUGUUUUCCCUUUUGUAUAUACCUAUCGUUUUCUUAAAAGGUAGAAUAUGCAUUGUAGUUUUUCAUUGAACUGAUGUCAAUUCCUUGAAAUAUUUUGAGGUAGUUUUUCAUUUGGUUUGUGAUCUAACGAGCAAUAUCUUUUUUCAAACAGAGAGGGGGUAAAAUGAAGGAUAAACUUGACAGAUGGUUCACUGAGGCUUCACAGCCAUUCAAUAUGUAUUCACAUCAUUACUGUAUAGUAAGGGUAAGCACCCCAAGGCAGCAUAAUAUUUUCAUAAUUUCCUGUUAUAGAUUUUGCUUACCAUGGUUAUUUAAUCCCAAUCUGUCACAGUGGUAAAGGUUGUCCGCUAAUUUUCUUUUUUUAAAACAAGAGAAAGCUUGUGAGAUCAUAUGCCACUCUUUUUUAUUUGACUAUUGGUUGUUUCAAAGGGUAUCUCCUCUACGUUCUUUAUAUGUUCUCACAUACCUCAUUCACAGACUAGAAGCAUGUUUGAUACAUUGUCAUCUACUAAACCCCACACGCAUUGUUAAUUGUAUUGUUGUUAUUGUGAUCACUGUUUACUUUGGGCCCAAAGUCUGCUCAUUGUGAUUGUGAUUGGGCUUGAUUUACACUUGCCUUAUCUUGGUCUGAGAAUUUUUUUCAUUGUAAUGACGUGUAAACUUCUGCAGGCAAUCGUAUGUGCAGGCCUAUAUCCUAAUGUGGCUGCCACUGAGGUAGGAAUCACUGGGCCUGCACAAGGAAGCAUUAGAGAAUCUUCCAGCAGUAUCGCUUCAAAGGAACAGCCUCUCUGGUACGAUGGAAGAAGAGUGGUCCACAUACAUCCGUCGUCUGUAAAUCAUAAUGCAAAAGAAUUUCGGUACCCUUUCCUCGUCUUCCUCGAAAAGGUUUGCACCAUUUCAGCCAUUUGGAUCCUCUUUCAAAGUUAUUCCUUUUUCUUUUUUUUUCCUGGUUUAUACAAAACGGUGUCAACUAAUCAUGUUAGGCCAGAAUACGGUGUAAGUAGCGGAAAUGGAAUUUUUUGGCUUGUGAUUGCAAUCGAAUGUCUUCAUUCAUUUGAUGUUCAAUUCUUGGUUAGCUGCCAUGAAUUUAUUUUAGCCAUUAAAUAGAAACAUAAUAGCAACCCUGAUUCACAGUUCUUCACAAAUACAGAUUGAAACCAGCAAAGUUUUUCUGCGUGACACCACCAUUGUCUCGCCCUACUGUAUUCUGCUGUUUGGUGGCCCCAUCAGUAUUCAACACCAGGUGAUGUUUUCUAUUCAAUGUUUUUAUGGAGACGCACUUAUUCAACGUCCUUGUUGCGCAUUACUUGUUGUUAGAAACACAUCUUUGCUACUAAUCAUGCUGUCCAGAAACCUUCCUCUAUUCCAACAUAGCAUUCGCAGGCUUUUUGCCACCAUAGUCCUACUGUUUCCACAGCCCCAUGCUAACGUCCGUUCAUUGCUAAGAAGUGACUUUGGCCAACCUUCUGAUCCAUUUCUUUCACUUUUCAGUUCGUUUCUUAUCCAGUAAAUAUAUCUAUCUCCUAGUGAAAAAGAAAGUUAACGCAGUGAUGGGUGCUUUUCAUUUUGUUCCUAUUGUCGAUCAUCCCUCAUGCGAUUUGGUGUGAAUCAAUCAUGUCAUUAUGGAUGCAUGCACAUGUCCAGUGCAUGACCUGAUCACUCUGCCGUCACACGCAGCAUUCAGAAUGAUCUGAUUUUGUUUGCCACUAUCAAAGUCUCAUCCUAUGAAUGCUCAAAUCCAUUUUGUAUGGUAUCAUUUACUUAAGUUGUGGUAAAUAUUUAAUGUUCAGAGGAAUAUCCAUUUAUUAAAUUUACUAGAAAAUCAAGGGUUUGAUUCCCCGACAUAUAUUUAUGUUUUGAUUUCAAGUAUUUAUGUCAUAUUUGUGUAUCUGAACUCUUGAGACACUAUGGUGCUGCUCAUUAUCCAGACAGGACUGGUCAAUAUAGAUGGUUGGUUGAAACUGACAGCGUCAGCUCAGACGGCUGUUCUGUUCAAAGAGCUUCGUUCAACACUACAUGCGGUUCUAAGGGAAUUGAUUCGGAAGCCAGAGGUAAUUAUGGUUUCAUAUUGAUGCAUCAUCAGCAUGAAGAAGGUAUUAUAAAACAUUGACUGACCAUUUAUGCGUCCUAGAAAUGAGCAAUUCAUUGGCGUGUCCUGGAAACGAUUCGUCUUCGUCUCUUAAUAGCUGAAGAUUUUCGCUUUGGGGAACUCCUCCUAAACCCAGACGAGUAUCUGAUAACCAUUUGAUUUCUCUAUAACGCAUUUUGAUCAGAGACCCAAAGAAGCCGAGCGCUGUAUUUUUCUUUACCCGUUACUGCUUUGCCUUUCUAUUGUUGCUAAUUAGCGAAUUAUUUCAGUUCUUUAUUAUUAUUAUUAUUAUUAUUAUUAUUAUUAUUAUUAUUAUUAUUAUUAUUAUUAUAUUAUCGAAACCUAGCACUGUGUCUGGCACAAAGCUGACUGAACAGGGUGAUCUUCAGGUGGCCAAGGUGACCAAUAAUGAAGUGGUGAGAUCCAUCGUUCAUCUCUUGUUGGAGGAAGACAAACAAUGA